GUCUUUUGGUUGCCAGGGUCUUUUUGUUGUUACCAGAGCACUAUUCAGCUCUAUCUUGUGGUGUAGGGAACUGAACCUGGGACUUUGGAGCCUAAGGCAUGAGAGUUCAUUUGCACAACGAUUAUGCUGUCUCCCCUCUGCCCUUGGUUGCUAGUUCUUUACCCAAGCCAGGAAGGUAAAUAGUGGCAUUGUUCUGGAAUUCUCUUAAACCUCCUACUAUUAUGGAACACUCUAGAAUCUCCAGGGAGAUCACUGGAAUCAGGAACCCCAAUAAUUAGAGGUUUUCCCAACCUUGGUGGAGUCAGCUCCCCUAAUUCCCUUCUGUGGGCCUCAUGUGGUUGCUGGUACCAGGUGUGGCCUUCCUGGCAGCUGCCCAGGCCUGUAUCUUCUGCCACCUCCCACAUCGAGACCUGCCAGGCCGCCUAGCUCAGCUCUGCAGCCAGCUGGAGGUCCAGUGGGCAGACUGUGAGGCCUCCUGGAAUUUCUCGACUUUUGCCUUAGAUGAGUUGUCCAUGAGCAAAGUCACGGAGAAGACUCACAGAGUCCUGAGGGUCAUAGAGAUCAAGGGCUUGAUCUCCUCACUCCCUUCAUACUGGCAAUGGCUUCAAAACACCAAGAUCCCCGAGUACACCAGGGAAGCUCUCUGUGCUCCUGCCUGCCCUCCAUUCCCGCUGUCUCCUGCAGGGGGCAGCACUACCCUGUACAACUGCUCUACCUGCGCGGGUUUUGAGGUGUACUGUUGGCCCCGAAAGCGCUGCUUCCCAGGAAGCCACGACCUAUGGGAAGCCAGGAUUCUGCUCCUCUCUGUCUUCACGGCUGUCCUGCUCCUGGGCUUUGUGAGCCUCGUGGUAGAGUCCAGCUACCUCCAAGCAAAAGGUAACUUGUGAAGAUGCCGGUGACACCCCCCUCCCACCUACUUCCGACUCCAAUGAGAGCGAACCCACAGCUUCCAGUUCACUUCACAGAGUCUAAUGCCCCCUUAGUUACAGCCCUAAAAUCGUCAAACUCUGACCCUGCAACCCAGACAACUCCACAAGUCGCAGUGUUGGGUGGCCUCCAGAGGCCCAGGCACCCACAGCUAGAACAUUUCCUCCCCUCCUGCGGGCAGUUACUGAUGCCAGGAAAAUAUCUACAAAGAAAAAAAAUCCUCU